AUGACGUCUUUGUCGGCGCGGCAACGUGGAACUUUGAUGAGAAACAAGUCCGGCGACAAAACACCGGGAAAAGGAGCUACGAUGAUCGAAGCGAUCAAGCUGAAACUUCAUUCGGAUCGCGGCGAAACUCCUGGAGCUGCGACUGCUCCGCUGAUAUCGGCUCUGGAUGGAUACACAGAAGAUGAGCUCUCCGAGUAUCGGCAGGUCUUCAACAUGUUCGACACAGAUCAUGUUACCUCCAAUGCACUGAACAGAAAUAACCAAGCUAAUUCCGUUCCGGUGCUUGUGUCUACCGCUAUUGCGCAAGUUGGUCUGCGUACUUAUCAAAACGCUGGUUAA